UUUUGCUUCCCAAAUUCUCAGACCAACAAAAAAAAAAUGUCCAUUCGCGUCCUGUCGCCGCCAUCGCCCACGACUGCUGGAGUGUCGCUGCAGACCGUUGAGCUGUCUGCUGGGGAGAGCACUGCGACGGUCAAUCUUCUUGGCGCAACGCUCGUCUCGUGGACGCAUCGCGGGACGGAACUGCUCUUUGUGAGCAAGAAAGCCGUGUACGACAACAAGAAGGCAAUUCGAGGCGGAAUUCCGGUCGUCUUCCCGCAAUUUGGCGCAUGGGACAACGGCCGCCCCCAGCACGGGUUUGCGCGAUCCACUGCGUUUGCAUACAAGGACAAGGACUCGGUCGCCCAGCGAGGCAGCGACGGGAACGACAGCGCGAUGGCCGUGUUUGAGCUCUCAGAUUCUGAGGCAACCAGGGCAAUGUGGAACCAUCCGUUCAGACUCGUCUACACGGUGACGCUGACGCCAAAGUCGCUCGAGCAGCACCUUGUUGUGCACAACACUGGAACGGAAGAGUUUUCAUUCACAACGCUGCUGCACACGUACUUCCGUACGGACAGCCUCAAGACAGUCACGGUUGCUGGUCUCACCGACCGCGACUUCAAGGACAAGGUCGACAACAUGGCCACCAAGCACGAAGACCGCGAUGUUGUCACUGUUUCCGAGCUCACCGACAGAAUCUACAUGAAGACGCUCGAUGAGCACCUGAUUCUCAAUCUGGCUGGCGGCAAAGGUGUUCAGCUCGUCAAGGAGAACAUGCCCGACACUGUUGUGUGGAAUCCCGCCGAGGAAGGCGGCAAGGCCAUUGCUGAUUUGGGCGGUGAAGAAGUCAAUCACUUUAUUUGCGUCGAGGCCGGUGCCGUGGUCGAGCCGGUGACUGUAGCUGCGAAUUCGAGCAAGUCUUUCCGCCAGACUCUCAAGCUGUGACGGUGCGUCCCGUUUUCGCGCCUCUAGCCUGCACGAUCGCAUGGAUGCGGUGGUAUUUGUUGCUUUUGGUGUCUGGUGCUUGUGUUGGCGUCUCUGUUUGUUGCUGGAUUGUCUGCGAUUGUUCGGCGUUUUUUUUCCUGCUGUUUCGCUUCGUUGUCAGCAAAAACCCAACCGUUCCACCUGCCAUUUCCACCCAACCAACACGCGUUGACUUUUGCCGAUAUUUACCAAGCAGUCGCAGCCCUAUGCCAGCAAACUUGCCGUCUCUUGCGUCGAUUUUCCCCAAACACCUUUCAUCCCACCAUUUGUUUUUUGUUUUGCUUUUUGAGCUCGACCAUCCCCAACCAAUCCCAGCCAAUGUAUGUUUGAUGAUGAUACUUUAUGAUAAUGUCAGUCUUUGUAUCUUAUUCAAUAAUCGCUCCUCA